AUGGUAUUUUGCUUCACCAUGCUUCACCUUCAGAUUCUCAACCACAUCUUGGCUCCUAAGCUGCUGUGGACCCGCAGCUGUUUCGCCGCCCCUGUUUCUUCUCGCACCUCGUUUCAUCCGGCCAUGUCAGUGGCGUGGCCUUGGGUGCGUCCUCCGGCCGUGCUGGCGCCGCGCUGUGGCCACCAGCUUGGGCCCCAUGUGCCUGGCUUCGGCCGUAGUAUAGUGCCAAGGCCACGACCCGGGCGGCCAGUGCUCCGCGCGGAGGCAGAGCUGACGGUGGCAGAGGAGAAGUCCAUGAGGAAGUGGCUGACUUUCUGGGCCUGCUUCUUCGGGUACUCGGUAUGCUACUUCACUCGGCAAAGCUUGAGCUAUACGGCACCGGUGCUCCGACAGGCGAUGGGCUGGAAAGGUCUGGCGGAGAUUGGGAAACUUCAGUCCUUGUUCCCCUUGGCAUAUGGAUCAUCGAGAUUCCUGGGAGGGCUGCUCGGCGAUUUGCUGAGUCCCAAGCGGGUGUUCGCGUUGGGUCUUUGUGUGUGUAGCUUGCUGAACAUCGCCUUCGGCAUGAGCUCAACGCUUCCUCAGUUUGCCUUCUUUUGGCUUCUGAAUGGCUGCUUUCAGGGUCUAGCAGCUCCUCCAUGUGUCAAGAUGAUCACCAAUUGGUUUGAUCCGAAAGAGCGGGGCUUUUGGUGGUCGGUUUGGCAUGCCUCGAUCAACCUUGGAGGGUUCCUUUGCCCUUUCUUCGCCGGAGGUUUGGCCGGCACCUACGGAUGGCGUUACGGCAUGCUGGGACCCGGAUUCCUCGGUUUGCUCACAGUGGCGCUUUGUUACUUAGCAAUGAGUGAUGGGCCGAAAGCAACGAGUGGCACUAGUGCCAAGAAAGAAGUUGUAAAGACAGAACCCGAAGUAAGUCUCAUGGAGGGCAUCCUCCUCAAUCCAGUGCAGUGGGCGCUUGGCCUUGCCUACAUGCUGGUUUAUGUGUGCCGGCAGGGGCUGAGUGUAUGGGGCAUCUUCUACCUCAUGCAAACUGGAGGCCUGAGCCCUGCCAAGGCAGCUGCCCUUUUCUCAGGGUUCGAGUUGGGCGGCUUCGUGGGAAAUCUCACAGCAGGAAGCCUCUCAGAUCUUUUGCUACGACGUGCACGCCCAGGUGCAGGGGAUGUAGGUCAGAGAGCCAAGGUGGUUUGCAUCUACUUCCUCGCGACCCUUUUGCUGGUCCCUGCACUACGACAGUGUCCCAACUGGCCAUGGCUGCAGUAUAUCCUCUUGCUGGGCUUGGGCCACUUCCUGAGCGGUGCACAAUUGCUUCUGCCCCUGGUGGCAAAUGAAUCCGCACCGAAAGCAUGGAGCACUACAGCUACAGGCUUUAUCGGUUGGGUGGGAUACUUUGGAGCCGCCCUGUCGGGCUUCCCACUGGCACGAGUGGUGCAGGCUUUGGGUUGGCCAUACUACUUCAGUCUCCUGACCUUUGCAGCAGGUUCGGGAGCCUUGCUGGUGCUGCCUUUGCGCAACUUGCGUAGUUGGAAGCAGCGGGUUGAGAUGGGAUUGAUAGAUUGA